AUGAGCGAAAACAUUUUACCUAACACAUCUAUAUUAGAUUGUAAUACUGUGAUAAGCUUUAAUUUAGAAAUAAAAAGUAACAUAAGAUAUGUUGGAAUAUGCAUUUAUAAUUUAGAUACUAAUGAGUUUUCUUUAUGUGAAUAUAUAGAAAAUGAGCACUUUACUACUUUAGAAUCCAUUUUAAUUCAGUGUAGACCUUCCUGUUUUUUAUUUUUAUCUAGUAAUGAUUCAAUAGAUGAUAAAAGAAUAAAAAUGAUAUUAAAUUUAUGUGAAAUAAAGUUAGAAGAGUUAUCAAAGAAUGAUUUUCAAUCGGAAUCUAUUGAAAAUGACUUAAAUAAAUUAUUAAAAGAAAAUAAUAUUAAGAAUUAUAUAUCAUUUUUAAAUUUAUCAAUUGCAUGCAAGUCAUUGUGUAGUAUAAUAAAAUAUUUAAGUUUACUUAAUGAUGAUAGUGCAAUUAGUAAGUGUACUUUAAAAAAUUAUAACAUUAAUGAAUAUGUAAAGUUAGAUAAAGCGGCAAUUAUCUCCUUGAACUUAUUUCAAGAUAAAUCUGAAGAAAAAAAAAAAAAUGCUAAUUCAAUAACAUUAUAUAGCUUUCUUAAUAAAUGUAAAACAAAAAUAGGAGAAAGGAAACUACUACAAUGGAUUACUCAUCCAAUAAGAGAUUUAAAAAAAAUAAAUGAAAGAUUAGAUAUGGUAGAAAUAUUAAAAGAAGAUAGUGUAACAAGAUCUAUUAUACAGUCAGACUAUUUAAGAAAAGUGUGUGAUUUACAACAUAUAAUUAAGAAAUUUAAAUUAGUCACAAAUACAAUUAAUGAUAAGAAAAAAAUUAGUAGAAAUAAAAAUUGGUGUACUAUUGAAGAUUUAGUUAAAUUAUAUGAUUGUAUAAUUGUAUCAAAAAAAAUUUAUUAUUGUUUAAGUGAUUAUCAAGGAAGAUACAGAAAAACAUUGGAAAAUAAUUUUUUAAAUCCUUUAAAAAAUAUUAUUAUUAGUUUUGACUCAUUUUUAAAGCUAGUAGAAUUAACUGUUGAUUUUGAAGAAAUAGAAAACAAUAAUUACAUAAUAUCACGUAAAUUUGAUGAACAUCUAGAAAAAUUAGCAAAUGAAAAAGAUCAUGUAUAUAAUUUAAUAAAAGAACAUAAAAUAGAAGUAGAAGAAGAUAUCAAUUUUUUAAAAGGAACAAAAAAAAUAGGAACUAAAGAAGAUAUUAAAUUAGUAGAAUGUAAUACUAAUGUAUUUUUAUUUAGGGCAGUAAAAAAAGAUAUAAAUUACAUACAACAAAGAAAAAAAGUUUAUUUUCAAGUUAGAAUGAACAAAAGUGAGAUUUUAUUUCAUACAAAUAAAUUAAAAGAUUUAUGUAAAAAAUACGAAAAUAUAUUGUAUGAUUAUAAUAUAGCUCAACAAGAACUAGCUGAUAAAGCUAUACAAGUAGCAUGUUCUUAUUGGGAACAAGUUAUAAAAUUGUCAGAAAUUAUUUCAGAAAUUGAUGUAUUAUGUUCUUUUGCUUUAGCUAGUACAUCAAGUAUAUCUUCAUAUGUAAGACCAAUAUUAGAAGAAAAUGGGCGCAUUUUACAAAUGAAGGAUUCUCGUCAUCCUUUACUUGAAUCAAAUUUUUUAUUAAUGAAUAAUUUUAUACCUAACGAUGUUUAUAUGAAUAAAGAUGAUAAAAGAUUAAAUAUAAUUACUGGUCCUAAUAUGGGAGGAAAAAGUACAUAUAUCAGGCAAAUAGCUUUGAUAUGCCUAAUGGCUCAAUUAGGUUCUUUUGUUCCUUGUUCUUAUGCAAAGCUACCAAUUUUCUCUCAAAUUAUGUGUAGAGUUGGCUCUUCGGAUAUACAACUUAAAGGAAUAUCUACUUUUUUUUCAGAAAUGAUUGAAAUUUCUGCUAUUAUAAAAAAUGCUGAUGAAAAAACCCUAGUAAUUAUUGACGAAUUAGGAAGAGGGACUUCUACUUAUGAAGGAUUUGGUAUUAGUUGGUCUAUUGCUAAUUAUAUUUUAAACAAAAUAAAAUGCUUCUGCUUAUUUGCUACUCAUUUUCAUGAAAUGUCAAAUUUAGAGGAAGAAUGCCCAAGUGUUAUCAAUAAUCAUGUUGCAGCUAAAAUUGAUAAAGAAAGAAAAAAAAUUUCCUUCUUAUAUGAAAUUAAAAAAGGAUAUGCUGAUAAAAGUUAUGGAGUUCAUGUUGCACAAAUAGCCAAAUUACCAAAAAAUGUUAUUGAUAAAGCUUUUGAAAAAUCUAAAGAAUUAGAAUCAGUAGAAAAUAGGCAUUAUUUCAAAACCAAAUUAAAAUUAAAAAACCUGGAAAAUGAUCAGAUAAAUACUUGUAAUCAAUACCAAAUGCAUUUAAAAAAUAUUUUCAAUGUAAAUGAAGAAAAAGAAUUUAUUUCUAAUGUAAAGGAAAGUUAUUCUGCCCUAAAAGAAAUAUUAAACGAGAUAUAG